GUUUUCAGAGCUGAUGAGCAGCUGCCACCAACUGCAGCGCACUUUCUUCACCACCGCUCUGCUCCAAGAACUUCAAGCCACCAGAGCUGCUCAACCUCUCUCUCACACACACACACCAUAACACACUUCUCCUGCUCCUGUUGCACUUGUCCUCCACUUCUGCCUCAACAUGCAGCUCCUGGUGGUGUUAGCAGCGCUUAUGGGGGUUCUGUUCAGCGUAAGAGCAGCUGCCGUGCUUCCUCUGGAGGACAGGAGCCCCAUCCAUGCAAACAAGGAGUUGAGUAAAGAGCGUAAAGAGCUGAUCCUGAAGCUGGUGUCUAGUUUGUUAGAUGGAGCUCUAGACACCAACAUGCUGCCAGGUGAAUCAGCUCCUGAGGACUUCGAGGAGCCGUUGGAGUCCCGUCUGGAGGAGAGGGCCGUCUACAACAGGUUAUCACUGCCGCAACGUGACCGCAAAGCCCCCUGUAAAAACUUCUUCUGGAAAACCUUCACCUCGUGUUAACGGAGCCUAAACUGGCCGGCUAUGCCCCUCCAUCCUUCCCCUCCUCUCCUUCUCCAGCUCCACAUGAACUGCGGUAGAUCUCAGCUGUACAUGUCAUCUACACCUGUGCAGCAUUGAUGGACUUCACUGAGACAAUGUGUUUGUCUGAAUAAUGACUAUUUCUGUACACAAUGUAUGUAUUUAUGUAUUGAAACUUAAUUUAGGGUUAAUAAAAAACGCAUGGAUUAUAAUGUUGGACACGGUACUGGCAGUUAAUUCUGCAAAAACAGGAGGUCAUAAUUUUCACCUGCUUCUAGAGUUCAAAUACAAAGUCAGAUUAAAUGCAAAAAAAACAAUGGCUGAAUGUUUUAUUUAUUUA